CGGGUUUUCGACCUUCAAGGUUACUGGUGAUGUCAAACAUCUUCGAAAGGGACUUUAUUUUUAAGUCCAACCACUCUCUGGAUACUCAAAUAACAGCCUCAAUCGAUCGAGGAGAUUUUCAUCUAUCUUUGCUGUCUCUGAUUUCCUUCAUUUCUUGGACAAUAUAUGCUCUAUUUUAUAAUUCUAGAGUUGUUGGGUUGAUUGUAUCCACUAUAGUCAGGAGAUUCAUCAAGGAUUGUUACAUCAAUGUUGGCUCAAUAUCUUUUGCAGCUCUCGGUGGGAAGUUGAUGUUAAGAGACUUUGUUUACGUGAAUGAUGAUUAUUCUGUGAGAAUUUGUUAUGUCAUUGUUGUGUUUAAUUAUUGGACGAGAUAUUAUCCAGGAAGAAAGGAUACUUUCCAGAAGAGAUGUCUUCACAUUUAUCUUUAUGGAGUUAAUAUCCACGUGUUUAAUCGCACCGCUGUCUACAAAAUGUUGCAAGCCGUUUUUAGGCAGAACCAGGAUGAAUCAUCAGAAUUGUUGAAUCGCUCAGCAGGUGCAUUGGGGAUCACUAAAGAAACUUCUAAACUGAUUGCUUCAAAAAAGUAUAGUUGUCAUCAGGCAGAUAUUCCUAACGAACGAGAACCAUGCGAUUCUACUUCGAAUUCAGGAGUUUUAGAUAUGUUCUGGAAGCAUGCUCAUAAAUUAUUACCUGCCGUUAAAUUUAACUUUGAGUUGGCUAACAUAUGUGCCGGUAAUCACUUGCUACCUAGAGCAUGUCUUGUUACAUGCAGUCGAAUGUAUGGGUCCUACAGUAUUGGAGACGCACCAUCACAAUUGGAUAAAUAUCAACAUCAAAUCAAAUCACAUUUUGUCAAUUUAAUGGGUUCUCUCGUUCUUGUGUCUAAAUAUUCUGGCCAACAUGCUAUUGAAGACCCACCUAAAAGUUGGGACAAAGCGUUUCAUGUUUUUCACUUUGGCGAAGGUACAAUCGACUAUGUACAAGAUGAACCAGGAUUAUGUGAAUCCGAAAAACUAGAAUUAACCGAAGAUAACGUAACUGCACUAAAUACCUGGCCUAAGUGGGAAUUACAUGUACUUGUUAAUAGACUAUGCCAACUUAAUUAUGGUCCAUGGGCUGAUCGUCAAAGAGAUAUCAUCUGGCGAUUUUUCUUUCCAUCAUCAUAUCAAGUCACUAAACCCAGUGAACCAGUUACUGUAGGACAACGUAGGGUUGCGAAGAAAUUUGUUUUUGAAUUGAAAACAUCCGCUAAUAUCAACCUUGAUCUUUAUUUCAUGAGACAUGAUGUUGUUGAAUCUAUGAGACUGUCAGGAUCUCCGAAUUCAAUUAUAAAACUGAGUAUACCAUGGUUAGUCAACCAGAAUGGUUUUGUAACUACUCUGAAAGUCAACCUAAUUAAGUCCAGUCUGAUCCUUGAGCAUUUAUGGCGUAAUAUAUUAACUAACGAUCAGUACGUAAACCUUGAUAUAAAAAUGUACUAUCCGAGAGAAUGGAAUAUGCAACACUUAUGGGAUAUUGGGUUAGACACUCGUGAUACACAAUUAACUGUAUUGUUUGAUUAUAAACAUUACUUUAAAGGUCUUAUAGAUGAUUGGUGUCGUGGUUCUCAUCCGGAUUUACUUAGUUUUAUCCCGUGCACUUAUAAAUUUCACAUUAAAUCAAACAAUCUAGAUUUUAUUUUAUUAGCCAAUGAUUACAAUUGGAUAUCAAAAUAUGGUGAAAAUGCUUAUCUUGGAUUUCAUGCGAAAAAGCUUAUGGUUACUUUUGAUCUACCAUUCAUAGACUUUUUACCAACUACAGUACCAAUCAAUUACAAUAUUGAAUGUUCUUCAGUGUCACUUCGAAUAUCCCUACCAGAGUCUAGUACUCUGUAUUAUAUAAUACAAGAAGUUCAUAAUCGUAUGAAAUUUGUUAAUGGUCGUGGUCAAAUUCAAAAAUCUUCAUCAUUUCAUUCUAGUAUUCAAGAAAUGACAUUUCAUGAAAAAGUUUCGAAAACAAUUAAUUGCCAAUGGUUCGACUGCGGCUGGACACCUCGUUUACGUCUUAGAAUAGCCUACAUUUAUCACCCAUCACCGUGGGUAUCUGAAUAUUGGCGUUUUGUCCCUUCGGAACACAGACCGGUAGUGUCUUCAGCUAAAUUAUCAUAUCAAAGUGGUCGUAAGCCUAGUGCAUUCAAACGUACAACUGCUUUAAAUUGUCAGAAUGUAGAAACGAGUCAAUCAGACUUGGAGGAAAUAGCACUUAGUAAACUCCGACCGGAAGGUAGCCAUACACAAGGUCCUACUGAAAAUGAUAUACUACAGAGUAAAUGUGACAUAUUUGCAUGUUUUGAACCAGAUACAGUUGAUAUACAUUUGCAUGUUCCUUCUGCACAACUACUCUUCUACGGUGCAGUACUACGACAUUUUAUUCAUAUAAAAGAAAAUUACUUUGGAAUUUAUCAGACACCUGUAAGUUUUGAUCGUGAACCUCUUCGACCGGAUGAAAGCUUUUCCCUCACUGAUGAUGAUUUAAUCCGAUUGAAAUCUCAAACUAAUCAUAGUUCCGGGGAUGGUCAUACUGAUCUAAGCAAAAUCGAUAAGCUUCCAGAGAAACGCAUCAUUGAUCCAAGGGAUUUUCGUCCCCUAUCUGUACGAGUAUCACUGGAAUUUCAUAAUAUUCAAGUUCAUCUGCCCAUGCAUGGUUCAUCUGAUGAAUCGCCUUGUCCAACAGCUUUUCUAGAUUGUAUUGGAUUUGAAAUGGACAAACGUUGGCAUGAGACAAAGCUUCAAUUGCUUUUUUCACCAAUUUUAGUAUGCUUCUAUGAUCAAAAUAAGGACUUUCGGUCAAAAUCGAACUCAAAUGUAUCUUCAAGUCGUAUUCAACUUGUCGGUUUACAAUUACGUGGUCAAGGAAUGUUUAGUCAUGUUAAUUUACCCCUUCGUGCAGAAUCAUUGGAAUACGCUUGGUUAUUAGAACUGACGGUUGGUCAACUUACCGGCCAAUUAUCCGCUCCUAAACUAUCAUGCUUAGUACAAUGUUUGAAGGAAUUCACUUUUUCUGCAGUCGAUUCAGAAAAUCAAUUAAUCUCUUCAAGAGCAUUCGAACUUUGUCAACAUGGUCGUCCACAGCAACUAUGUCCAUUUUGGCAUAAAAUUUGCUCUAACACUUUAUGCCCUAGUGAUAUUCAACUGAAAUAUCGAAUGUUACGUCUCACUAUUGACGGUAUUGAUUUGAGCAUUGUAGAGAGCCGAAACUGUCUAAGCAUCCAAUGUGAUCCGAUUCGUUUGGUUCAUUGUAAUAUGCAUGGUGCUACCCAUUGUGAUGGGAUGUUUGUAUUAAUUCCUGAUAUUAGAUUAAUACAAUUAGUUGCACCGAUGGCUCCUGAAAUCAAAAACCAACUUAAUUUAGACAAUCAAGCUAAAAGUACUAAACAAGUGGAAAAUUCGGUUUUAUGGUUUGAAGCUGGUUCAUUUUCUCUUGGUCCAGUUCACAUUAAUCUUUCCAGGACACCAGAAAAACGUAAUCAUCUCAAUUGGCAAUUGGAUUUUCUUAAACGUCAUGAUUUAACAACUAAACGUUUAUCAUUUCUUUGGUCAGAUACUAAUGAUGUUAUCAGUGGGACACUUCGUAAUUCCAGUUUAAGUUCACGUCAUACCACAAAAUCAUCGAAUGCAUUUUCUACUACAGAAAACAGAUUUUUGAUUAGAAAGGGCAUACCCGGUUAUAUUGCUCCAGAUAUAAUACCCAAUUGUGGAUGCUAUGGUCAAUGUUCAUUUUUUGGACAAAACGAAAGUGGACGAAUUUUGUUUCAUGAAUUAUCAUCUGGUGACUUUCGACAACGUGCUAUAUUUCCAUCUAGAGCUGAUUAUAAACCUAAUUUAUUAACACCAUCAGAUAAUAAUAAUAAUAAUAAUAAUAAUAAUAAUAAUAAUGAAAAUCAACCAGCUUUUGGUGUUAAUCAACAGAUACCUGCAUCCAAAGUUUUUGACUCCAACUCAAAAAGCUUAGGUUUCGGUGAAAGUCUUUUACUUCCUAACUGUCUGUUACAUGAAUUACAUUCUCCUGAUGACUGUGUGGAGAAAUAUAACGGUUUACUGCUUAUGCGAGAGGAAAUUGUUUCAGCUCUUCUUGAGGCCAGUAUUCAGAAAGGUAUGGAUUGGUAUUUACUGCAUUUUUGUGAAGAACACUAUCAAUCUGAUACAGAUUCAACCAGAAGUUCCAAUAGUUUAGGAACGUAUGCAUCUUUUAAUCAGAGUAGUAGUAAUUUGGAACAGCUUAUUGAACACGAUUCUGAUACUUCUGAUGUCGAUUUAUUUUUGAAAAAUUCCAAAGAUCAUCCAUUAAAAGAUUUACUUACUUGUGGUUCAAUGGAUAAAAUGAGAUAUUCAACGAAUAGAACAAAGACAAAAGAUUCAAGGAUGGAACUCAAUGCAUCUCAACAGACUAAACAUUCAUCUCUAUCUGAUCUUUUAUUAGCGACAGUUAAUGACAAUUUAGAAGGUAAUCGAGCAAAUGAAGUUAAGAAAUUACGUGAAGAAAUAUCAUCAUUGCACUCAACCACAAAUAUUAAAAAUGAAAUAAAAAAGUCAAGUUAUCUACCAUCAAAUUUAUCAUUGAAUACUCCUAUUGAACUGCCUCCACAUUCGGGCACUUCAUAUGACAGUUUGUCAAAUAAUAGUUUAAUUCAUCCAAUUCAUAGUAAUAACAACAAUACUGAGACACAGUCACACAUGGAAAAUAUUCAUAUUGGUUCAUCAUCGUCAUCACAUUGUAAGUCACCCCCAACUCCACCUCCUCGAAAAUUUAUCAGAGAUCAGCAUUAUAUUAAAGAAAAAAGACGGAAUGAAUCACACAACAUGGAGGUUUCUACUCAUGAAAAAAGCAUAAAUAUCGAAUCUAAAGACUUAGAUGAGAACAGAAAAGAGUUUGAUGAUGCUUUUGAAAAUCUUGUCGAUCUCCGGACUCAAUUAAAUAGACCAAUAAGCGAGAGUGGUCUCCUACGUCCAGCUUACGGUCGACAUUUAAGCUCAUUUAAAUGUGUAGCUGGUUUAAUCUGCCCAAUAAGUCUCCGAAAUCGUUGGCAUAUUUGUAAACAUAUAUACCCUGGGAACACCUGCCUACAUUCGCUAGAUAAUCUGUUAAGAGUUGAUAAAAAUGCAUGCUCAAGUCAUUCAAAAUCCUCACCUCAUCAGAAUGUAACAGUUUUCGAUCUUCUCCGUCAAUGUCAACCUAAAAUUGCUAUUGCUCCACGUUUUCAGAUUCGGCAUACCGGUUUCUCAUCCCAGUCCAUUACUAUUCGUUCAGACUCAACUCCAUCACAUCCUGCUAUUCCUCCUUCGAAUCCUCCAGAUUUGACACAGAAAGAAUCAAAUUAUAAUGCUGAUUCUGGAACUACUACUGUGAAAUCGAAAGCCAUUGUUUGGCUUAAAGGUCCAAUUAACUUACUUCUUACUCCACUUUUGACGGAAUCACUUGAAAGAUAUAUAAAAAUACUUAUGCCAAUUGCAAAAACUACCUCACCCUCAUCAAUUGUGGAUUCAAUGCACUAUAGGUGCGUAAAAUCGGUGGAGCAUCAAGUCAAACCUUUGCUCAAUUCCACUCAUAAUAUAAUACCAAAAAAUCAAAAUUCUUCUGCUCAAAAAGUAAAACCAAACCAUUCAUCACUUUCUGUUUUUGGUGAUAAGUUAUCAACUAUUGCUGCUCCUGUAGAAGAACGCCAGUCAAUAUUACAUAAUCUUCUUGGUUCACGUUCUGCUCAAGAUGCAAUGCCUAGUAAUGUAUCUCAUCAGACUAUUACUUCUAAAUCUUUCAGAAUUCGAAGGAUAUCGGCAGAUUACGAGUUAAUGUCAAAUUGUCAAGAUACUAUUAAAUUUAAAAAGAAUACCUCAAAUACAUCUAAACCAUUGUGUUUAGUUUCUGAAUUAUCAGAUCACCAAUUACAAAAUGAUGAUAAUUCUACUUCGCCAUUGAAUAAUUCAUCAUUCAUUUCAAUUUUAUCAAGUAAAGUAGCUUCAUUAUCAGUGGAACGAAUUCAUAUUUCAUUUUUACAACUUUAUGCUGUUGAAGAUCUAGUUCAUUUAGACAGUUUAAAAUCUGGUCUACAUGAUUUAACAUGUGUAUCUUUGAUGACAUUCUGUAUUGAUUCAUUUUCUUUUGAACUAAUGGCAUCAUAUAAACGACAAUCAUUAAGUGAUAAAUCUGUUAAUGCUCAUUUACCGGAUAAACAUAACAGCAUAUCUACACCUGAUUCAAAUAUUAGUAAUCGACCUGUUGUAGCAUCAUCAACAGCUGAUUCAAUUCAUCUCACUGUUAAACCACCAAGUACCAGUAACGUACAGAAUACCACCAAGUUCCAAAAAGAUAAUAUUUCAAUGAAAAAUAUUUCAUCCAGUGUUCAUGAUAUGUUUCAAACUUAUUCUGACCUAUCAGAACGAUACAACAUUAUUUAUAAGGACAACAGUAAUAAUAAAAAUACUAAUGAAGAAGAAAAUAAUUCAUUCCCUGUUAGAAAACAACAUAAGAGACAACCAUCUGCUCCGCCUGUUCUAUAUAAUUCGCCUGACUUAAGUCAUACUUAUGAUACAUUUACUCAAUCCUCUGAACCGAUCAAUAUUAUGCAAAAAUCAAACGAAUGGCACGAUACUCUUUUGGAUGAUCUGAAAGGUAGUGAAUAUCAAUGUCAAAGAAAAUCAGAACAUGUAGACGAAAAUAGAUCCAUGAAACUGGUUGACAGUCAUAAGUUUAAUAAUAUUAAAUCACCUAGUAUGGAAUAUAUUUCUUCGUUGUCGGGUUCGAAGCCCAAUCAAAAAGUUGGUGAUGCCAUCAAUUUAAGUUAUAUGAAGCCACCUGUGAACCAGCCGAAUUUUGUUAUCAGUAAUUCACUGGAUAGUGAACAUUUAGGAAGUGAAUUAGUUUGUCAAGUAACAGUACAAAGAAUUCAUGGACAAUUACGUCGUCUUACACGUCACAGUCAGUUCAAUGCAGAUGUUUUACUAACAGCAAUACCUUUUGAAUCCUCUAGAGCAUUCUUUCGUUUCACAUCGGAUCCAUGUAAUUCCAAUCUUAGUUCUACAGGUGAAUCUUCAUGUCCAUCCAAAUAUUUUGAAGAACAAAGUUUCGGUUGGAUUAUGUUUGAGUGUGGCUUACAAGGUUUAGCAUUUUCCUGGGUUCAGCGUAGUGGAUUCCCUGACCCAGUAUCAGUCGAACAGGUUACAAAAACCACAUCUACCGACCAACAACCGAAAUACACUUGUAAUGAGACUGCUCCUUCUGGACAUAAUACUUCUCAAGCUCAGGCUGGUAAUUCGCCGAAUGAUAAAAAAGUGAAUUAUGUCAACGGUUUGUCAUCAAAAUUAGUUGUUAAUACAGUAUGGCUUAAUUUUGCUGCACCGAAGCGUUUACCUAAUAAAAGAAGAAUAGAACUUAUCAGAUCUGAUUGGAAUUUACUGAGCACUGCUGCUCCGACUAUUCGUGCAUGGAUAGAUCCUUGUAAUCGUUUAAUUGAUGUUUGUAAACAGUUUCGAUCAAAUUCAGAACGCCGUCUUUUAUCUGUUAUUUCCUGUCUUAUGACUGAAGUUGUUAAUCCAAGAUCAGAGGUUCUGAAUACAAUGAAUAAUAAUAAUAAACGAUAUUCAUAUCCAAUCAGAAAUAAAGUCCAAUUAGUUAUGAAAAAUGAUGAUUUAGGGGGAUAUGCUCUACAUCGUACAGAAACUGCUCAUGUAUUACGCUUUGAUCCUAGUUGUCAGUUAUUAAUUGUCUUGCGGCGUUAUCUACUAACAAUGAGUGAUUAUUAUGGAAUAACAAGAGCUGACGAACUUUUAGCUGAAAUGCUUAAAGAUUCUGUUGUUCCCGAAAAUGAACUCCUUCAUCGUGGAAUUCUCUCAUUAACACGAGAAUGGCGUUUCUUAGUUGAUUCUCUUGCCGUAAGUGUAUCAGAUUUGAGAGCUUUACGAGAGUUUGCAACACCCUCAAUUCCUUUGUGCACUAAUUAUGCAGUUGAUGUUCGUCAGAAUAACUUUGAUGAAUCUUCAUUUAUUAUCCGUAAAGCUGGUUCAAUGUUUAGUACUUCUAAUGAUUGUCAGAUUAAAGAUAAUGACUCACUUCAGCAAACUGGAACUGGAAAACCACUUAUAACAAAUCCAAAAACUGGAAAUUAUCUUACAACUCCUAGUCCUGCAGUUACAUCUCGCCUAUUGAAAAUGGUUGUUGGUUCGUUGUCUCCAACAUCUCCUCGUCCUACUAGAGCAGGGUUAACAAAUAUUGAAGAUGGAUUGAAACCAACUGCAAAUAUUAACUCAAAUAUAGGGUUUUGUAGAAAACAAUCAGAUGAUAAUAUUCAUUACUUAACUGAUAAACCUAUCAAUGGUAAUAUACAAGGAACAAAUCUAAUAAAUGAUGAUAUCUACGAUCCAACAGAUGAAGUGUAUUGGGAUGCAACUGAUCAAUUAAGUGAUUGCAAUAAUGAUACUGGUGAUCCUUUAAUUCAUAAUCCAAUUAUGAAGCGUUUUCUUCAAGAUGCCAGAGCAAAUAUCAUGGAACACUCUUUAACGUCUAAGGUUACUUCCUCAAUCCCACAGUCUUCAGCAAAUAUCACUGACUCCAAUCAAAAUAAUACUGUUGACGCAUCGUUCGCACAUAGAUUAUCUUCCGUAAGUGGUAUAGAUUUACAAGUUUGUGAAAAUGAUCACUUUACAACAGCAGUAUCCACCGAUAACAGUUCUAAAACUUCAUCAAAAAAACCAAUAAAGUGUACAAAAGAAAAACAGAUUUUGAAUACCUCAAACUUUGAUCACUUGUGUACUACAGGUUAUAAAAUUACAACAGCUGAUUUCGAACAAGCCGCUCAUUUGAAUGCUCAAUAUCGUUAUAUGGCUUAUAUACAAAGCCUUUUCUCACCAUUGCUAGAAUCAGUCGGACUAAGCAUAAAGGGUAUUCGUCGCACAACCUUAAUGAAGAAAUUUGAUGGUUUUCUCUCCAUUGAUGGUCUUCUACAAACAUUUCAAAUCGAAAUUGUUUCGUCCGCUCGUAAUCCCAUUUUUCAUUCUUUACCGAAGCAUCCUGUAUCUGAGCAGAAAAAUGAUCCUAACAACCCUCGACUAACUAAUCGCUCAUUUACUCAGCAAACAUCUUUCCAAAGACAAUCAGCGUUUUUAUGUUGUAAUUUUGCAUCACAUUUGAUAUUACGCGAUAUUGUUGACUACAGUGGUGCCUCAUUUACAUCUCAUAAACAAAAAACGAAUCAUUUGAGUCAAAUGCAAACCACUACUAAAAUGGAUAUCAUUUUACAUAUUGAUUUUAUUCGACAACAUGUCAAUUUAUCCUUGUUACGCCUUGUUCAUCAAUUUGUCACAAUGAUUUAUUGUGCUAGAGAUACAUGUAAAUAUAUGUCACGUGAUGAUCAAUCAGUUAAUCCAGUUAUCAUAACACCAACAGUGGUAUGGUCACAGAAACAUGAUUCUAAAGGUUCAUCAGAUGAUACCGAUGGAACGUUUCGAUCGCGCUCUUCCGCUUAUGUCCGUUUUGGUGGUGAAGACUCUAUUGAUAGUGGACGAUCGAAUAAUCUAAGCGAAGCUUCAAAGAGUAAAAAUAAAUAUGAGAGGUUCAGCAACAAUGAAGAACCAUUCCCUUCUUUUACUUUUGAACAUGAUCGUUCUUCUGGGGAGAAUACAUCUAAUUCUAGUACGGAUAAAGAUUUGCUGAUUAUUACUAAUCCAGCUAAUUUACAUGACAUUAUGACUACCACCGCACCGCGAUUUUCACCUAUUCCUACUAGUCGAAUUUCGCAAUCUGAAGAGUCGUCAAUGAAUGCUCCAAGAUCCCCUAGUAAUCUUGGUCCUUCAUGUUGGAGACGAUUAGCGAAUUAUGUUGAGUUAUACUCUACUGUGCCUAAGACAAAGACUGUUAUUCGUAAGCCUAUAUUCACUUCGGUACCAAGUGGAGCUAUGCCUACUAUCACAGAAGAAGAUCGUGACCAUAAUGUUAUAUGUACGUCAGAAUCGUGUAAUGUUAAAAGUGAUCAAUCUGGCAGCUAUCAUUGGCCCCCAAGUACUUUCAAUCUAAAUUCACCUACAAUGAAUAAGGGAAUUCUAUUCGGCAGGAAAACUUUCCCCACUGUAACAUAUCGUGUUUUAAAUGAAGAAACAGAUAGAGAUCAUGAGUUAAUCGGAUCUAAAGAAGUUAACAGUCAAAAUCACAAGUCUUUAUUUACAAAUCCAUGGAAUCCUAGUAUACAAGCAUUUUUAUCUCGCCCCUCUGCUGUUGUCAUUGGCGAUAAAUUUCAGAAUAUUUUCAAAGUUCCAGCAUCUAAUCAUCAAUCAUCAAAAUAUCCUUUUAUUGGUUUGUCUGAUACAUCAUCAAAAAACGAUAAUCAUCUAACUACAACCAAUCAUGGUUUAGAACAGUUUACUUAUCCAUGGGUUUGGGGUGAACGUGUACCACUUGUUGUAUUUGUUACAGCGAAAAUACGUCAAAUGGCUGUCAGUGCUGUGCUCAGUGAACUUAACUUGAAUGCAGGUGUUAGAAAUGUUCAUGGUUCAUUUACACUUACUAAACAAACACGGGGGCAUGGCAGUUUCUCGGAAAAAUUCUUAACACACAGUUCGAAUUUACACUAUAGUGAUAGUAAUAUUCAAUUAACUGAAAAGUCACCAUCAAAAAUUCAGGAAGUUGUAUGUGUAAAAGCUGGACGUUCGCAUGUCAUGCUAUCAUGUAGUCGAAAUUUACAAUCAGAAAAAAAUGCUUGUGUUAUAAGCCUUGGAAGAAUAAUGGUCACUUUACCACAUCAUCCUGUACGAUUACAUAGUGUUGUACAACGUCAAGCUAAACGUAUCUCUUCUACUGUUUAUGAACUUUUAAGAAAUCCAAAUACUGGUUAUGCACAAAUUCAUUCUUGGCGUUCGUCUGGAUCUCGUAUGACAACAACUCCAACAACAUGUAGUACAACUACUACUGCUACAACAGCAAGUGAUCCAUCAAAUUAUUUCCGAUCAUCAAUAUCAUCAUAUCAACCAUUGACAACAAUGGAACCUGGACAAAUUUUACUGAAUGCAAAAACUCCUAACAAAAUUAAUCCAUCAUCACCACCGUUGUCAUUUAAUCUCUUAGCUGUUUCACAGGGUUUUACUGUUAAUGUAGCAUUACAUUCUACAUUGAAAGCUGUUUAUCAUAUUGAUCCUGUAUAUGUCACUGGUCAGGUUGGAUCACGUAGCUAUGUGGAUAUCAGUAUAUCAGAUCAUUCACUUAGUCUAAAGUCUAUGCGCCCCCCAGCUAACUUUCCAACAUCAAUCUCAUUACCUUUUCCUCGUAUUUUGGCUUCGAUUGUUCAACGUGUUUCAUCAGGCGGUCGUUAUGCUCGUAGUCAACGAAAAGAGCCUAUGCUCACAUAUGGUUUAGAAGCGGAACAAGGCCUAUACUUGGACAUUCAAAUACAAAUUGAUACAUUAGAGCAAAAUUUAACUACUGACAUGUUAAACUACAUUAUGGUUGUUGUAAAGUUAUUCAUGAAGGAAAUAAAUGAGGUUAUACAGAAAAUGGCUGGUGAAGAACGACCUCGUCUGCGCAAACCGCUUUCAAGAUUUACAUGUAAUCAGAUGAGUCAAGCAGAAGAUUUUACACAUUCAAGUACAUCCAAUACUCAAAAUAUCCCAACUGGUGAUUGGCUUUUAUCACGUGCUGCACGUGGAAGAGCUAAAUUUACAAUCAAAAUACGAAUGAAAGAAAUUCAACUGUUAGCAUCUACAAAAAAUGGUGCAAUUAAACUCGAGGCUAGAAAAAUUGAAGUUGAAUUGACCAAUCGUGUAUCACAAACACAUUUAUUGAAUCAUCAGAAUGUAUCGACAUUUUAUUCAUCCAACAAUAAACCAAAUGAUUUAUCUCAAAAAAGACCAUCAAAUUUAAAUAUUCGUCCUAAUACUACAUCUAGUUAUUUCUUUGAAUCUGGAAGGAAAUCUUCGAUAGGAUUAAAUAGUAGUCAUAAUUCUCUUUUCAUAUAUGCUACUAUAGCCAAUAUUGGUUUAGAUCUAGGCUAUUUUGAUCAGGAUACAUUCCAUGCACUUAGUCCUGAUUUCCAAAAUGUUGCGUUUUUCCGUACGUCAAUCGCUUUACGUUCUUUACUGGCCGAUGAAAAAUUUUCACCAAAUCAAAGUGUAGAAUUGUCUACUUCUAACAGUAGAAGUCAUGGUGAACAAGAUGCAUUUCUUAUUUCUUUAAACCGACCCAUUGUUUGGCUUAAACCUUUCACACUUGAUCGUGGUAUAAUGAUGUGGAUGGUGUACAAAGAUGAAUUUGCUAAAUGGAAUGAACACAUAGAACAUUUAGCAUCUAUGAUGCCUCCUGAAGACGUCACAGAAUCAAUUCCAGUUCGUUCAAAUUUUAUUCAUAGUGUACAUUAUCCUACUGGAUAUUCACCAAAAGAUCAUUCUCAAUAUAUAUCCAUAUCUUCUGCUCCACCACAUUCAUCUGUUCAUCCAUCUGCAACAAGUGUGAAUGAAAUACCGGAUGUCUCAAUCGAAGCUAAUCUGUCGAAUAAUAAUGCUAACAAUAAUAAUAAAACAUCGUCAACCUUAUUCCUUCAACUUAGCAUUGAAGAUCUUGGUGUUUGUUUGCCUAUUCAUAUGGUCAAGUUACCGUCACAAAGUUUGAAGUCAGAUUCACGAACCGCCUUAGUUUUAACACUGGAUAAAAGUCGUAUUUCUGCAUGUUAUCAAGAUUCUCUUGUUAGCCAAGGAGAAUUUACUAAUUUCUGUUUACGUUUCGACGAUGAAUUUAAUGUUGGUUCAGAUGAUUGGAAACCAGACAAAAAACGAUCAACAAUCGAUGUGAAAGGAAAACGUUACGUUGUCAUAUUGAAUGCGUGUGUUGUUCCUAGUGGAACAUUUAAUGUGUGCUGGAGAGAUCUAGAAAAACGUGGGCAGUGGCAUAUAGCCAUUAACUGGCAGAUGCGUGGUCUAGAUUUUCACCUGGAUGAUAAUAUUGGUCGACGUUUAAAGGCGUUGUUUACCAUCCUUACAAGAAUGACGGGUUAUAAUGACGCAGCGCCCUUAUUACCAACCUCUGGUGAAGAAGAAGAGGGAGAUGAAGAACGUCAGUCACGUGACAUGGUAAAUGCACAUGAAAACCAAGUGAUUCUGUCGAGCGAAAAUGAACACCAAACACUCCCAUGCUCUAUGGAAAAGCGUUCAUCUAUAGUGUCUGCUGUUUCGACCAAAAAGCUCACUAGAGAUGUGGACAUUGCCUCAUUAGAUCGUUAUCGAUAUUUAGUAAUGCCUAAAGAGUCUAAUGUGAAAAAUCCUAUGGAUCAUUCACAAUUUGGAAGUAUGGAAUUUCAUAAGCAUAAAUUAGAUUUAUCAGAUUUGCAAGCUUUUAAACGUCAAAAAUGGAAUACACUUCGAAAGAAAAAAACUGGACAUGGGACUAGAGGUUUAACAUUACGCACACAUAAUUCGUUACACGCUGAUCACUACACAAAUGAAUACAACUUUGUUAACACACAACCUAUUGGUUCUCAAUCCAUACCAACUGAUAGAAAAUCAACCAAAACAUGUUUACGCCCAUCUUCUUCAGUUACAGAAGAUUUUCUUCCAAUUCGAACUCAAGGUGGAGAUCAUACAAAAAUGACUCAAGAACCUAUUGUUGUACGACGUCGAAGAUUCAGUAACGAACCCGGUGCAUCUUCUAGUCAUAUCGCCAAGAUCGAUUCGGUUUAUUUUGAUGCAGAGGAUACUAGUUCCAAUGUGCCUUUCUCAAAGAAUAUUUUAGCUAAUAAUAACAUGACGAACAGCAUCAAUACAAAGUCGGAUUUAAAUAAUCGACAGUCUAACAGUCGAAUUUCCGACGAAUGCAGUGAUGAUUGGGGUGAUCCAUGUGGUAGUCUGGAUGUUGAUGACGACCUGUAUCAUGAUGCUGAUGAAUUGAAUAAUAUCGAAAGUGAUAAUACAGAUUUACUAUACACAUCACAUACGAUGCAAACUGGUGAAACUAAUGUAGAUCAUACGAGGUCGUCUACUAUUAGACCACCAACACCUCCACCACGUCAAAUGCACAUUCUUCAUGAUGAAAAAAACCUUGAGUUUCAUCCUUCUAUGGAACAGGUUUUAGAUAAAGAGAAAAAUUCUACUAAACCUAUAAAUACUCAAGAAGAAGAACCAAAGCUUCAGUUAGAAUUAGAUCUUCAAAUUCAUAUUGAUUCUGGUUGUUGUGUUCUUCAUCCUCGGCUUCCUUCAAAAUUUAUGCCUGAUGAUAAUAGUGGUAAACAUGUAUCAACCUCUGUCUUUCAUACAGGAAUAGGAAUAAAUCCAUUCAAUAUUUCAAAUACUAUGAAAGUCGUAUCUCCAGAAACUCAUAGUCAAACUCCUUGUGCAUUUUCACCAACUCACAUUGAAUCUGGUUAUAGGUUGUCUUACAGUGAUUUACUUCCUGGAUAUUUGGAGCGUUAUAGGCAUCAACUGUUACAAGAUUUUCAAAUAGUCCCUAAUGAUAUCAGUAUAUUUUAUUUGCCUGCUGUGGACGUUAGUCUUCAUUAUAAUUCUAUGACUGAAUUAGACUUUCUGCCCGGAUGCAAUACAGUUAUACCUGGUUCAUAUAGUGACCCUCCUGUUAACUCAAAAUUGUUCUCUCCAAAUGUUCUUUCAUCAAAAUCAACUACUCAGUCUAGAACUGGACAAAAUACAGGGAAUAAAGACGAUUCUAUUCCUCGAAGUAUAAGAAAACAAGCUGAUUUAUAUAUUUCCUGUUUCUUACAAAAAUUACCAAAUGAAUUAAUUGUUCAGCCGGCAUUACUUGAUUUUCUCGAACAAGCUAUCGAAAAUUUGCCACUUAUAUCUGACUGGAAUUCAGAAGUUGAUUCCGUUUCAUCCGAUUCUGGUAAUGAAAUAUUCUUCGAAAAAUUCCCUGUACACGCUAUUGUUCAUCUUCAUAUUCAACCGUUUACCAUACGAUUUCUUUGUUUGCCAACUUCCCGAAUGCAAUGCUUAAUGGUUUUACCAUUUUUGGACGCUGUCUUUUCAACUAAACGUGAUGAUCCUGACUCAGUUAUAAAUAGAACUGAAUAUAGUGUACCACGUAAAUUAUCCGAUCUUACUUCACUUCAAUCUGAUAAUCAGUUGGAUAAUACAAGUGUAACAUUGAAACAGAAACCAGUAGUUGGUGAUGUAGUUUCAGCUGGUGGACUUUCUAUUACUGCCAUCUUAAAAGAGUUUCGCAUAUCAAUAUUUCAUCCUUAUGGUGAAUCAUCUUCCAUAAGAUCAGGAAGCAGUUCAUGGGGAGAUGCUAGACCAUGUGAUUCUCUUACAAUACUCGUGAAAGAUAUACAAUGUCAUCUUUCACGCACAGUAGAAGCAAAAGUUGUGCAAGUGAAUCCGAAUACAACUGUAAAUGAGUCUAAUUCUAUUAGUGUACCACCAGAAUCUAACAAAAAGCCUUUCAGUUCAACAAUUCAUAGUGCUAGAGAAACAAUGGUCUAUGUACAAUCGGUUGAUAAUUUUGGAUUACAUCGAAAUUUAUGUAUUUCAGGUAUUUUUGAUAUUGGUAUAGCUGAAUUCACUUGUGAUACUCGUCGAACAUUAGAAAUUUUAGAUAUUUAUAAUUCAUGGUAUCGUAGUAGUCUGGCUCGUCGUUUAUUUCUAGGCAAUGAUGAAUUAAUUGAAACAGUUAAUAUCACCACUCAGUCUUAUGAUCAAGAUGAAACAAUGAAAGCCACCAAGACACAAAAUGAACAAUCAGAUACAAAGUUGGGAAGUACAUUAUCCAAUGAUAAUUUAGAUACAAAACAGGAAACUUCAGGAAGUUUAGAAAUGCCUCUACAAAGUGGAUUGAUAAACCUUAGUACAGAAACCGAACAACCAUUAGAUAAGAAUAAAAAAAAUUUAACAUCAAAAACAACCUUCUUGAGAGAAAAUCUGAGUCAUAAAAAGUCAGAUGCAACACGUGCUACAACGAUCGGUCCAUGCAUAUCAACAAAUGAUAAAAGUGGUGAGGAGCCUAAAGCGCCUACAGUUAGUACAUCACCAGAUCCAACGUCAAAAUUAACUACACUUGUAGGUGAACGUGGAGCUAGUGGAAGUCGUAAUACUAGUUUACGAGUAGCUUCAUGGAAUGCAUUAACUAUUUUCUGCGUACACUUGAAAAAAUUUGAUUUAAAUUUAUACAUGGGUAGCGCUAUGGGUUUAACACGACUUGUUGUAGACCAGUCAUUUUGCGAAGGUCACAUCUCUGUGAAUUCAUCAGGCCGUAAAAACACUUUAUUAACUGCUGGCUUGGCCAAUAGUCAAUUUAUUAGUGAAGGUGGUGGAGUAGGCGGUGAAUUUGGCCUAGUUGAUCUGGCGACUCAACUUCGUAUAGACAAUGAUCCUUCACACGAUCCUCAACAUUGUUUGGCAGCAAAGGUUGGUGGUUUUCAAAUACGUAUAGAAUAUAUGAACACAAAUAUUCUAUUAUUCAGAGUAAACUCUCUAGACCUAACACUUUAUGAUGAAUGGUGUUUAAAAGAUGUCAUUCAACAAUUGUUGAAUUCAACUAAGCAUUCUAAAUUAAACACUUCCACAAAACAAGAUCAAUAUUCGUCUUUAACGAUCAACAGUGAAACAAAUGAUGUUCUUGGCUCAUUACCGGUAUUUAUUCGAAUUGUUGGGGAAAUUAAUUGGGAUCAAGCGCAGGCAGCAAUUGUUCGUAGCACUACUCCAGAUCUUAUAAGAUCUAUUCAUAAAGUUCGUGAUUAUUUUCAAGAACAAGUUCGAGAAGGUCGUUUAUCAUUGAUUGGACAAGUUGGUCGUUUUGGUAUGUUUUCAAUGAGUGCUGGACAACGCCGUUCUUCAAAUCAUAAAGGAAGUAUUUGUUCAUCACGUUUAUGUAAAGAUAAAUCUGUUAAUAUUGCUGAUCAAGAAAUUGAUCAGCUUUUGCAACGUCAUUGGCAAAAAAUAAUGUAUCAGGCCCUCAGAUUACUUUUACAAGAACGGUUAAAAGUUUCUAGUAUGAAAGGGAAAUCAUCGUCUAUUGGAACACAAUCUUAUUUAUACAACAAUCCAGUGCUUAGUGGUUCAUUUCAAUUAUCAGGAAAUUCAUUGGGAAUGGCUUGUUUUGCUGGUAGUUUCCGAUCAGCGCCUGACUGGGCUGUAUUCAAUAUCCAACAUCCAACAGUCAGCUUUGAAACUGAGGCUCAACGAGAAAUUCCUAUAUCGAGUGAAGAAAUAAUUGUUGAUGGAAGUGAACGGGAUGGAUGGAUAAAUGUACGACAAGUUUUAAGUUUUGAGUUAGGCUCACCCCCAGAAUUUCAACCUCAAAUGGCCUAUGUCCUUCGUGUUAGACGCGGAAAAUCACAGAAUUUACGGGAUUUACCAUUGGCAACUAUUGAAGAGUGGUUUGAAUUUUGUUUUCGUGGUGCAGAUAAUACAGUUAUCAACUUCGUUCGACAUAGUAAUCCAUCAGGUCUCAAUUCUAUAAUAAAAUUGGCACAAUUCCCAAUAUGUUUUACACGUAUUAGUAGCCAAGACACGUCGUUGCCUGUAUUUAAUGUACUGAAUUCUUCAAAACCCUCACGUGAUAUGCUUGUUCCGGUCAAUGAAGAUGAUGGUAACUCCGCAGAUCCCGGUGAUACUAAUCGUCCUACUAAUAAAACCAGUGAAACAUCAACUAUCAACAAAGUUAUAUCAAAAGAAGAACGACCUAGUGUAUCUGUUCGUUCCAAUCCACUAAAGCCACCAAAUGAAGGUGAAUUAUUGUUUAUUCUACCUUCUCUUGCCUUACGUAUCACUACUGAUCAACGUCAAACAAUGUCUCAACCUACUUUAACCAGUCUUCCAGUUGUUAUAUCGGGAUUUUCAGCUAGUCAGGAAUCUACUCUUGACAAUAAUGUCACGUCUAAAGAUGCAGACCAGAAAAAAUCACCGGGACGAUUUUCUAAAGGCCAAUCUUUACUACGAACCAAGCCAUUUUCUAAGAAAGACAAUUCAGGAGAAUUAAUCAUGACCUGUUCCAAUUCUGCACCAUCCGUGAAAGUCAGUUUUCAAACUGACUUUCAUGGGUUCAUUCAACUUGGACUGAUUGAUGUACCUUGGCUGCCAAGUCUUAUAAGUUCAUACUUGGAUGAACGAUUAAAUGACUAUGAACUUUCAAGCGGAGCAAUCUGGAAUGUGGGUGAUACCAGUCAAGGUCUUGUGAGUCAUUCAUCAAUGACAAAUGUUAUAUCUGAAGACGUUAUUGGUCGACUUCGUGCUCUCUCAACAACUAGCUCACCUAUGGUACAAGAUGCUCGUGUUUAUGACAUAAUACACUGGUCAUUAAGUCCCGAAUGUCGUUGGCUUUUAGCCACAAAUAUUGGAGUUCCAGCAUUUGAUCGUCUUUUAGAAAGUAUUGGCUUCCGCAAGGCACGUAUUACUAUACCAAAAUGGCUUCAGAGAGGUGUCAUGGAUCAUUUGGACAAAAUUGCUUCUAUUCUCUUAAGAGGUAGCUUAGAACUAAGUAUGGAUAAAGACAACCAAAUUAAAUGAAAAUGCUAAUUAUGAUGCUAAAAAUGCCACGUGUAGAGUAGUAGUCACUUUUGUAUUAGCGACAAUUAGUUUUCUCUACAAAUCACUUUUUUGGCAUCCCAGUGAACAUUUCCAUUUAUUUGAUUGACACUGGACAAACUGCAGAUUAAGUGAACAACAAAACAUACUUUUUGUGUUUCCUUACAGAUUCAAAUUCAUGCCUAAAACAAACUUUUGUACAAAUAUUUCCUGUAAUAUCCAAAAGAUUUUCUGAUUAAAACUGCUUGGGAUUUUCGUGUUGCUACAGUUGCCAUUUAUUUAUAAUGACAUUAAAACGAUUUGAGUUAUUCUUACCUAUCGUUCUGUCUCGCUUGUUGUGGAUCAUAUAUAUAUCUGUGAACAAUUAGUAGUAACAGCGAUGGAUUAACUGAUCGUGUUAAUUAAAAUAAGUCAAAUUGAUAUGUUAACUAGUAAUUCCCAGAAUAGUUCAAUUUGGAUCAAAUAGAAAUCACUGAGUUAGAGAAGUAUUUGACUCGAUAACUCACAACAUAAAAUCUCGGUAUUUGUGUUGGGAUUUGGCUUUCUUGUUAUUUUAGUAGGAAGUUGGGGAUGUCAAUCGACCAUCCUUCAUAAAGCUGUCAGAGAUGUUCCACUGUUGCCAGGCACUUAAGGUGGACAGGCUUCCUGGGUUUAAGAAAGUAGCAUUGGACCUACUCUGUAAUUAAAGAAGCCUGAAGAAAUGGAGGGCCUCGCUAAAAUGUCCCAGCCAUCACUUGUAUCUAACACUGUGAAACAGGUACAAUAUAAAGUGGUAACUGGUGCUUUCAAAAUAUACAUAGGUCGAAACCUCUAGGUUUUCCAUCUCAUACUCCGGCACAAUCAGAAGGUGUAGAUCAGUAUUCCAACGUCGACACUACCGAACAACACAUGGGCUUGUGCUCAACAAGCUGUCUAAAUUGAUACUUCGAAUUCCUGGGUCGUAACAGUGUCCGACCUAUACUACUG